CACUCUCCCACUCUCUGCUACUUUCCUCUUUCUCCAUCUGAAAAGGAAGAAGAAGACAGUGCAAGAAUGUGGAAAGCGGUUAAACACUAGAGAAAGAGAGCGACUGGCUAAAAAAGAAGAAAGAAAAUUUUGAAAGCUAAUAUAAUGCAGAGAUUUGCAUUCCUACUAUGGACUCUUCUUUUUUGCUUAGCUUUCUCUACUUGUAUAGCUAGACAAGCACCUUGGGUUAUGCGCAUAAGUUGUGGAGCUCGCUUGAAUGUUCAUACAGCACCAACCAAUACACUUUGGUAUAAGGAUUUUGCAUAUACAGGAGGGAUUCCAGCAAACGCAACACGCCCAAGUUACAUCAGUCCUCCACUAAAAACUCUUCGCUAUUUCCCCCUAUCAUCAGGUCCCAACAAUUGCUACAAUAUUAAUAGAGUGCCAAAGGGGCAUUAUACUGUUAGGGUCUUCUUUGGACUAGAUGGACAUCGUAAUUUUGAUAAUGAACCAUUAUUUGACAUUUCCAUUGAAGGCACCCAAAUUUAUUCUUUGAAAUCUGGUUGGACUAACCAUGAUGACCAAGUAUUUACUGAAGCUCUAGUGUUUUUAACGGAUGGAACUGCCUCUAUCUGUUUCCACAGCACAGGUCAUGGAGAUCCAGCAAUACUUUCCAUUGAGAUUCUUCAAAUGGAAGAUAGAGCAUACUAUUUUGGCCCAGCAUGGGUUCAAGGGAUAAUCCUUAGAACAGCUGCCAGAUUGAGCUGUGGUAAUGGGAAACCGAAAUUUGAUGUUGAUUAUAGUGGGGAUCAUUGGGGUGGGGAUAGAUUUUGGAGUCCAAUCAAAACUUUUGGCCAGGGAUCUGAUUUAGCUAGAUCUACUGAAAGUGGCAUCAAGAAGGCUUCAAAUGCACCAAACUAUUAUCCAGAAGCUCUUUAUCAGACAGCCCUGGUUAGCACUGAUACUCAACCAGAUUUAGCAUACACAAUGGAUGUGGAUCCCAAUAGAAACUACUCGAUUUGGUUACACUUUGCUGAGAUUGAUUCUUCAGUCACUGCAGCAGGGAAAAGGGUAUUUGACAUUUUGAUUAAUGGUGAUGUUGCUUUUGAAGAUAUAGACAUUGUCAAAAUGAGUGGGGAUCGGUAUACUGCCCUUGUACUUAACACCACAGUCACUGUUAGUGGAAGAACUCUGACGAUUGGUUUGCAUCCUAAAAAAGGCAGUCAUGCCAUAAUCAAUGCUGUUGAGGUGUUUGAGAUUCUUACAGCUGAGUCCAAAACUGUAUUGGAAGAAGUUAGAGCUUUACAGUCAUUGAAGAGUGCAUUGAGCCUUCCUCUUCGGUUUGGGUGGAAUGGUGAUCCAUGUGUUCCCCAAGAACAUCCCUGGAAUGGAGCAGAUUGCCAUUUUGACAAGACUAGCAGCAAAUGGUUUAUCGAUGGACUUUCCCUUGACAACCAAGGUUUGAGGGGUUUCUUGCCAAAUGACAUAUCCAGACUACGACAUUUGCAGAACAUAAACUUGAGUGAUAACAGCAUCCGGGGAGUUGUUCCACCAUCAAUUGGAACAAUACCUGGCCUGGUAGUACUUGACCUUUCAUACAAUUCCUUCAAUGGAUCAAUUCCUGAAAGCCUUGGACAGUUGACAUCAUUGCGGAGACUGAAUCUCAAUGGUAACUCUCUGUCUGGAAGAGUCCCAGCAGCGCUAGGAGGAAGACUUUUGCAUGGAGCUAGCUUCAAUUUUACAGAUAAUGCAGGUCUUUGUGGCAUACCUGGGUUGCGUACAUGUGGCCCUCACCUUUCUGCUGGUGAGAAAAUUGGCAUUGCAUUUGGUACAUCCGUGGCAUUCCUUCUAAUGGUUAUCUGUUCAAUGUGUUGGUGGAAAAGACGACAGAAUAUUCUCCGUGCACAGCAGAUUGCAGAAAGAGGUGCCCCAUAUGCAAAAGCAAGGACGCAAUUAUCGCAUGAUAUCCAGAUGACAAGGCAUUAUAGUCAUGGCAAUGCCCGGACAGCUGCUGAGAACGGGCCUAGCUUACUAUCAUGAUACAGUCCAUUUUAAACUUUCUCCUCUGCUGGUUUUUGGAUUCUGAUUAGUUUAUUUCUUAACAUGAAUCCACCCAAUUUGAUUUGAACUCCCAUUCUUGUGGAACUCAGGGUUCUGCAAAUUUUCGUUUGAUGAAGUUUGGAAAGUGAGAAACACCAAUCGAAGAUCCUAUCCACCUUCAGUGCCACCGAAUGUCAUAUAGAAUGAAAAACCAUACAAGCUGCUUCAAAUCUACAAUUUUUUGGCGCAGAACUGGCAAAGGAAGGUUGUAUGGCUUCGAAGCACUGAUACAUAGUGAUAUCAAAAUGGUUCCUUGUUUUUCUUUAUUUUUUGUUUAGGUUCAUAGGAAGAUAGUGUUGUAAAAUAUCUCCAUGAAGUCACGAAACUAUGAUCUAGAUCAAUGGCGGAUGCACAUGUAAUUCCCAUUAACUUUUUCAGCUGUUCGUAACGGUUCUAUCUUGCUAUGUUUCUCCAGAAGAAUACGAGUAUAUGCUUUUGUGCAAACAGGCACUUGUAUUGAUUCCACUAAUUUUGUGUCU